ACCAAAACUCACUCUUGACCUUCCACUACUCACCAGGCUCUUCACUAUCCUGCUAGGCAGGUACCGGGAUGCAGUUCCAUUGGUAUGAGACUGUGCGUGUGCUGCGGAGCUGUUGUAGCUGUUCGUCGAGCCCGCGGCGGACCGCAAUCUAAACAACCUCGGAAACAAAGAAACCAUGAACGUCCAAUACUCAUACUGACGUUUAACCUAUCGGAAGAGCAAGGAGUUCGCAGUCAUCCUCGAACAAAACAGAACAAGAUACAUACAAGUCGUAGGCCUCUUUCUAAGCAGGAAGGCGCAUAUCGUAAUGUUAGUCCAAAUUCCCAAUAGACAGACGUUGGCUCGUGGUAAUCCCAGAUCCAGGGUUAGCGUCCUGCUCAACUUCAU